ACGCCACUUUUGCUGCAGUUGCUCCGGGCGCUGCUGUUGCUACAGCCUCGCCUGCCGGGGCUGCUGCCCGGGAGGUGAAGGGAGGUGAAGUGUGUUGUUGUGUUCGUGCUGCCGUCGCCGCCCGGAACGGAGUGGAGAGCCGGACGUCCGCGGGCUGGCGAGAGCGGCCAGUCAGCAGCUGCGUGCUCUCCUCAGGCCGGGUCCUGUCUGCGCUGCCGCAGGGAGGCCGCCCGGCCCCGCGAACCGAGCCAAUGCUGGACCUGGAGGUGGUGCCUGAACGCUCUCUGGGGAACGAGCAAUGGGAAUUCACGCUGGGAAUGCCUCUGGCUCAGGCAGUAGCCAUUCUUCAGAAGCACUGUCGCAGCAUCAAAAAUGUCCAGGUUCUCUACAGUGAGCAGUCUCCUCUAAGCCAUGACCUCAUCCUUAACCUGACUCAGGACGGGAUCAAACUACUGUUUGAUGCUUUCAAUCAGAGACUUAAGGUGAUUGAAGUUUAUGACUUGACAAAAGUAAAGUUAAAGUAUUGUGGGGUGCAUUUUAACUCUCAGGCCAUCGCACCUACCAUUGAGCAAAUUGACCAGUCUUUUGGCGCAACCCAUCCUGGAGUGUACAACUCCGCGGAGCAGCUCUUCCACCUCAACUUCCGAGGACUGUCUUUCUCUUUCCAGUUGGACUCUUGGACGGAGGCUCCCAAGUAUGAGCCCAAUUUUGCUCAUGGUCUAGCUUCUCUCCAGAUACCCCAUGGAGCAACUGUAAAGCGAAUGCACAUCUAUAGUGGAAACAGCCUCCAGGAUACCAAGGCUCCCGUGAUGCCCCUGAGCUGUUUCCUGGGGAACGUAUAUGCUGAGAGUGUGGAUGUUCUUCGAGAUGGAACUGGACCCUCAGGGCUGCGGCUUCGCCUACUGGCUGCAGGUUGUGGACCCGGAGUAUUAGCAGAUGCCAAAAUGAGAGUAUUUGAGCGUGCAGUAUAUUUUGGUGAUUCUUGCCAAGAUGUUCUUAGCAUGCUUGGCUCUCCACACAAAGUCUUCUAUAAAUCUGAAGACAAGAUGAAAAUUCACUCUCCUUCCCCUCAUAAACAAGUUCCAUCCAAGUGCAAUGACUACUUUUUUAACUAUUUCACUCUUGGAGUGGACAUCCUGUUUGAUGCAAACACACACCAGGUGAAGAAGUUUGUCCUACACACCAACUACCCUGGGCAUUAUAAUUUUAACAUUUACCACCGCUGUGAGUUCAAGAUCCCACUAGCCAUAAAGAAAGAAAAUGCAGGUGGUCAGACUGAAAUAUGCACGACCUACAGCAAGUGGGACAGCAUCCAGGAGCUUCUGGGCCAUCCUGUGGAGAAGCCUGUUGUCUUGCACAGGUCCUCAUCCCCAAAUAACACCAACCCAUUUGGCUCCACAUUCUGCUUUGGUCUUCAGCGGAUGAUCUUUGAGGUCAUGCAGAACAACCACAUUGCCUCAGUGACCCUGUACGGCCCCCCUCGGCCUGGUGCCCACCUGAGAACAGCAGAGAUGCCCUGAAGACAUCAGCAUGUCUCCCCUCUGUCCGUGGAACUGUGCGUCACAUCCAGCCCAGUGGGUCUUCGUGCCACCUUGUGUGUUUUCUUGAGCACCUUGGCAGUGUUGACGGGCCCUGGGACUCAGAAGGGUUCGCAAGUAGGAUUUGGGCCUUGGGACAGAGGACCCAGAUGCUCUGUCCUAAGCCUGCUGUUGCCAGGAGAGAACAGUCUGCAGAGAGAAGCACAAACUUUGAGUCUUGAUGAGGGCUUUCUCAACUAACAUGUAAUAAAGGACACGUCAGCCCCUGUCCUGCACACAUAGGGAAGACGGGACUCUUUCUCUAGCUAACGAUAUACCCGGGAUGAGAACAGGUCCUGCUUUUGGCCCCACAUUGCCGUGUGGCCCUUAAGGUGAGCAGAGCAGGGAACGUGUCGGUAGUACUUGGUUGCAAUAUUUGCACUCCAUUCACUUUAGUUACUUGAUGAGCUGGCUGUGGCUGGUGUGGCCCACUGCCCUUUCCUGUUUCUUUCUUCUGUGUGAGUGCUCCUUGCCAUGCCCAGGUGGCAUACCGAAGUGGUUGGAGUACAGUUUUCUACCAGGUCUGUAGCAGGCCUAGUUCCCACUGCUGCUCUGGGAGCCAGCCUUGAAGGUCACCUGUGUCUCUUGGUCCAACCUGGCUGACAGGGCUGCACGUCUCCAUCUUGUUUGCCUCUUUUAUUUAAUGCCAAAGUGUUAGCCAAAGACACCUUCCUCCUUUUGUUACAUUACAGCAUUCUGUCGUGCACUGUGGGCCAGCUCCUUGCCCUAGUUCUGGGCACUGGCCUGGUCUGGCCUGGCCUGGCUACUUGGUUUAAGGCCCAGGGGCUCAAGGAACACUAGGCUGCUUGGUUUCUUACAUGGGUCUUGCUAACGGGAAGUAGCAUAUGUGCUUUAAAAUAGUAAUCCUUUUGAAAAGAAUUGAGAAGAGAAACAUAUAAUUUUAUCCCAUUUUUAAUAUUUUGGUCUAGCAACUUGUGAUACAUAGAUGACAAUUUUGUGAGUUUUUCAAAUGUGUGUACAGAUUUUUGUAAAUAAUGACUUUUGUAAUUAACUCAUUGCAGCCUCAUCUUGUAUAGUUCAUGAUGACUGUGCAGGGGACCUGCCCCAGCUGUCUGUCUGUAUGGUUCCUAGGCCUACAGCCAGGCCUGUGUGGCACUCCCAUGACUGAUUGACAGGUGUCUUCCCACUUGGACCUUGGUCUGGCCAGAGACCCUGCACCUCCCACUGUCAGGGUAGCCAGAACUGUUCCCAUCCUCUUCACAGAGGAGGCUUCCUCAUCCCUGCUCCAAUAAAGCACCUACGCCUCAGUGACAGCUUGCCAUGCGCUGCUGCUGGGGAGUUUGUACUAAAAUGUGAA